AGUCUAUUUCGAGCGUCGCCGUCGGAGCUUACGCACAUCGUCGCCCGGUGUCGCGUUUGUUAGCCCAUCGAGCGUGCGUUUUCGGCCGUCGCCUAGCCGCCGCCGCUUUUUAACUGCGCGCUUAGUGGAGUGCGCUCGGCCGGUCCGUUAAAAUAUGUAAUUGGCGAGCGGGCACCCACGUCCUGCUGCAACAGACAUACCCGAUACCGGCGGCGCAGUCCAAAUGGGCAACUAUUGCUCGUCGAAGCAAAAGGACAGCAAUGGCUCCGACGAAUACAAGAAAUUCGUCCGUCCUAAGAAAAACAGGAAAAAAACAGACAAAUCCAGCAAUGUUGUUGGUGAAAAAUGUAAAAAUGCCAACACUCCAGCAACGACGACCACUGAUAUGACGAACAACAAUGCCGAACAAACCAACGAUGAAGAAUUCCAAGGUGUCAGGACGAUCGACUGCCAUCAACCGUACAGGCCGGCCGAAAACUCCAUUGUCAAAGUAGAAAUCCCGGAGAAUAGUUACGCUUACAAACUGCCGGACGAGCUGAAAUGCGUUUCGGACGACAUAAAAAAACUGCUCCUCGGCGUUCCCGAUCCAAACGCUGAUCAGAAGUCAAACAAAAUCGUCGUCUAUGUCUGCUUUCCAGACAAUAGAGGGUUCGCCCACGAGAGGACUUACCUGCAUGAAAAGUUGAUGCCGGCCGUGCGCUCCAAAUGCACCGAAUCCGGAUACGAGUUGCACGUGGUCGACCUGAACUGCGAUCGCGAUCAAGAACACACUUGCCGAUGUCCGGAUGUCGACAUUAACGAACUCCGUCGCCAGCGUCGUAUAGGCCACGUGGUGCCGUUGUUGUUUGUGGACGACUCGCUAGGUACACCGGUGCUGCCCAAAAAAAUCACUAAACAGGACUACGAAGUGGCCAAGUCCCGGUCGGAAAUUUCCAAGCUGCUGGACAAAUGGUACUGCCUGGAUGAAAAUAAUAAAAACUACCUUCUGAAGGACGAAACGGCAUUCGAAAGCACAGCCGAAACACGGGAACAAGACAAAAAGCUGUUGUGCGACGAAAAGAUUCAAAUGCAAAUGUCAAUGCUGAAGUAUUUGGGUGUCAAAUUUCGUGCAGGUUACUUCGAAAGAGUUUUCCAACAUGAUAUCUACAACGAAAUCGUGUUGCGAAAUGUAUUAGCUAAAAAAUCCGUUUGGAUCGUUAAGAAUCAUGGUUCAAAUUCUAAUAACAGCAAAAACACUGCGAUGGAAUUAAAAAAAAGACUCGAACAACUUAGUAAACACUUAAAGACCGAACUUCCAGAAUCGAAUAUCAUCAUUUACGAAGAUGUGAAUAACGAAGAAUUUACAAAAAAAAACACCGCCGUACUCUUGUCAAUAGUCGAUUCCAUCUUGAAAGACAGUAAUAAGCCCGAAGCGACGUAUGGCGUAGACACUUCGUUGUUACAAGAGUUGCGAGUUCAAAAUGCAUACGGUUGCAAUAUGACCAAAAUGAUUAUCAAUCGAGAAUCGUUGAUUGACAAUAUGAAAAAAUACCUCACCUCUUCGAAAACAGUUUAUCCUCUGGUCGUGUACGGUCCGCCGGGAUGCGGCAAAACGACAAUUCUAUCGUUCGUGGCUCAACACAGUCACAUAUGGAACCAAAACGCAGCCACCGUAGUGAGAUAUGUCAACGCUUCGGUUCGCAGUUCAACGCUAGAGCAAACCCUCAGCUCGGUGGCCAUGCAGUUGAACUUUUUGAACAGCGGCAAAUCGACGUGGUUCAAGCACGACGUCUAUUUGUAUUCAGAACACAUUAAAUCACUUUUGAUCUCCAUCGGUGCCAAACGACCAAUAGUGUUGAUCAUUGACGGCAUAGACCAAUUCAAAAACAGCAACGUGGGCUGGGUGACAUCGAAAUUGCCCAAGAACGUUAAGGUUAUCGUAUCGACGACCGAGACUUCGCCUCAAUUCGAACGUUUGCGUCAACAAAGCGUGCCCGCAGAAGCGUUCAUUCAGAUCCCAUACUUGACCGAACAACAAAGCAAUGCUCUGACGUCACUCCUCACGACUAAGGACAUCGCCAAAAAUAAACACUUUUACAACGGCUUGCACAUGACGCCGUUGAAACAGAAGACUUGUAUGUUUUUGCCGUAUACGACAAAAGUUGUCGAUUGGAUUGACGCUUUUUUCCACGGUAUGGAGACACUUCUGGGAAGAGAAAAGGUGUCUAUCACAAUUGGCCUUUUGUGUGCGACCCGAUACGGUCUACUCGAUUCGGAGGCAACCCAGAUGCUAACGUCCGAAAACGAAUUCGAUGUUAACGAUAAGGAUAAAUCGUCGUCGGUAGCAAUGUUUUGGGCGGAGUUCAACGAGUUGUUCUCAAUACUUUUGUUUUGGUUCAAAACCGAAAAAUACGCGACCGUCCGGUGGAGUAAUAGCAUAAUCGCUGAAGCUGCGGCAAGACGAUACGAUUCUUAUGUGCAACUGUCAAGACCCAAACUCUUAUCGUACUUUGAAGAUAAAUCGCUUGGCACCACUUCGAGUUCACUCAACAACAGUUUGUCGAACCGCAGAAGACUAGAUGAAUGCACUUAUUUGAUGGACGAAUCCAAUGUGAUCAGCCGUUGCUUCGAUAAUUUGAACUGGAUUUUGGAUAUGUUAAAUAACGGAUUAGUGAUGCAGCUUCUAGACAACUUAUCGGAUUAUUCGGAUAAUCCACAGGCUAGUUUCCUAAAUAAAUUCUUGUCGACAGCAACGCCUGCUCUGAUGCACAAUGGAUAUCAGUUAUACUCGCAGAUGUCAUUGUACAAGCCGACGGAAGAAAAGUACCGUACACUAAUAGAAACACCUCCAUUCCCCACACUCAUGCCUCUCAUCCCAGAUACGGACACAUCUAGCAAAAUAACUUUUGACGUCGUCAAGCGGCUGGCCGAAGAUUCCACUUAUGUGAUUACCGUCAGCACUAAACAACAAGAGUUAGGCGUCUGGGACGUUCACACUUGUAAGAGAGUGCGUACGCUGAGAGGUAUUCCACAUCCGUCAGCAAUAAAAAUGAUAGACAAUCACCGGUGUAUAGUGUUGUGUGAACGCAAGUUGGCCGUGAUCGACUUAGCUACGGGAAAAGUGUUAAGCAAGCUUAAAGGCGUUAUGAAUCAAAACAUGCCGUACUUCGACCUGCAUAGUCCCACAAAGCUAGUGGCUCUGGCUAGGAGUCGUAUGCACGUGAGCCUGAUUGACAUCGAAACGGACACAAUCGAAGCGUACUUUAAGGCCGGCGAAGACAGAUUUUUGAAUUCGCUAUUAGUGUCAGGAAAUGGACGGGUGAUGGUGUGCGGCGAUGAAACCCAAAAACCGUUCCCGCUGCUCGUAUGGAAUUUGACUUCUAGACAACUGAUGUACGAUUUACGGAUACCGUACCACGAAUUCAUCACCUGUCUGGCGGCCAUCACUCACGAGGGUCACUUCGUUUGUUGUGUAGCUCAAGAAGUCGACGAGCCAGGUCCAAACUUUAUAGUAGUCUAUGACCUGCAAUCGGGCACGUUGUUUAAAAAAUGGAAACCGGGCGUUAACUGCGUUGCUUUGGAUAUAUCGUCCAAAGACAGUUGCGUGCUGAGCGGCCACGAGAACGGUCAAAUAUGCAUAUGGGACUUGACGACUGGCAAUUGUCGAUGGACCUUGGGGGGUCAUAUGGCGCCAGUCACCAGUCUCCGACUAGAUCCCAGAGGAGGAUCGUUUAUAUCGUUAGACACUCACACCAGAGACCGCACUAUCAAACUGUGGAACGUGACCACCGGUGAACUGGUGUCCGAGUUCACACCCGCCAAGCCAAUAACGGCCUUUGACAUUUUGCCCGGUGGACAAUUUGUGGUGGUCGCCUCGUCGGAUUCGUCGUACCCGACAGUGCUGCAGCUAAAAGGCCCGUCGGUCGGCGCGCCCAUACCUCAGAAGAGCGUUUACAGCGAAGAAUCGCUCGACGUUAACUUGUCGUUGGCGUUUCGAGAAGACGACAGAUGACAGCCGAGUGUUUGGAAAUUAAUUGAUGUCGUUCUUAAAAUAAACAUUUUACAGUGUCUGUAUGCUAAUUUCGAAGGUCCUAAGUGUACGCAGCCACGUCGUCUCCCCAUUUGUUAAAACUCAUGCUUCACCCUUCGGCUGUUUAAUCAGAUACGGUUGAUAUACUUAGGAGGAAGUCUCGUCGUCGAACACAACAGACAAGGCAAUUAUUGUGGGCCUUGUCGCAACACUCAAAAGCCAUAAAUAUCUGAUAAACAACUUACUUCUAUUUUUUUAUUUCCUAAGACUGAUCCUAAUUGUAAGAACGAAAUUUUAGCACACUAUUGUUAAUUUUGUUUUUUUUUUCCAAAUACACUAUUGAGUGCUCUUUGACAAAUUAAAACCAAAACAACAAGGCGAGAUUACACAAUUUUUUUUCUUUAAUUGUGUAGAAUUGUAUUUUGUAAAAUUCUAAAAUAUUAACAAGGGCCGUUCCUUAAAAAAAAAAAUAAUAAAAUAAAACAACAAGGAAAAAACAAUAUUUGAUUACAAAAUUCUAGCAAUCCUGAAGGAAGAAAUGCUUCUCCAAUUGCAAACAAUAGUACAAUAGUAAAUAUAAUAAUAAUUAUUAUGUAACAAAUAAAAUAACAUCACCUUAUAGAUAAAAAAAUGGUAGAUACACAUAAAACAAAUGAUAACACUGUUUUAGGUAACAUUUUUUCACAAAUAAAUAGAUUUAUGAUUGUACAUUCUUAGUGUAAUAUAUCUUAACGACUAUACCAUUUCUUAAAAAACAUUUACAAUUACCCAAAACUAUACAAAAAACGUACAUUUUUUUAGUAAUAAAAUUAUUAUUGUAUGUACAAAAUAUUAGUUUUGCAUUAGUUUAUUUUCUUACACGUCCUAUUAUCUGGUUGCAUGUUGAUCACGUUUUUAAAUUCUUGGUCACCGGAAUCAAAACAAACCAUGUGCUCCUUUACUUCAGUCUCCAUUAUUCCUAAAUGUCAAAUCAUGUUAGUUACUGUGUAUUCAUUUUUGAACACAGUCAUGUUAGGUUGCACCAAUAUUUUAUAAAUUUAACAUUCUAAUUGUGGGUUUUUAUUUGAUACUUAUGAGUCCAUUAAAUAUCU